AUGGCAACAUCACAAAAAUUAUCGAAAUGUUCGGAGGGGAUAAUUCUAGGUUGUGGUAACCCAUUAUUAGAUUUGCAAACUGAUGUCAAUCUUGAAUACUUACAAAAAUGGAACUUAAACGAGAAUGAUGCGAUAUUAGCAAGUGAUCAGCAUAUACCAAUGUUUGAAGAACUAGUCAAGAAUCCUAACACAUUAUAUUUACCAGGAGGUGCAACACAAAAUACACUUCGUGUAUUUCAAUGGAUUACAAACGAACCGAAUCGUGCAACAUUUUUUGGUUGCAUAGGAGAUGAUAAGUACGGGGUUAUCUUGAGAGAAAAGGCUCGAGAAGCGGGUCUUAACGUAUGUUAUCAAGUGAAAAAAGGAAAAAAAACGGGAAUGUGCGCGGCACUUAUCACUGGUCAACAAAGAUCACUUUGUGCUCAUCUUGCAGCAGCCAAUUUAUUCACGUUCGACCAUUUAGAAGAAGUUGAAAACCGUACCAUUAUUGAUAAGGCGCAAUAUUUCUACAUAUCAGGAUUUUUCAUCACUGUCUGUCCAGAGGCAGUAAAAUUUAUCGCAAAGCAUGCUAGUGAACAUAACAAAGUAUUAACUUUUAAUUUAGCUGCACAAUUUAUUCCAAAACUUUUCGGAGAUGACUUCCUAGCAAUUUUAUCAUAUGUUGAUAUUUUAUUUGGCAAUGAAAGCGAAGCUUUAGCUUUUGCAGAAGCAAAUCACUAUAACACUCAUGAUCUACAUGAAAUCGGUGCACGAAUCGCAGCGUUUCCGAAAGUCAAUACAAGAAGGAAUAGAAUCGUGAUCAUUACUCAAGGAUCUGAUCCAACCUUAGUUUUCCAGAUGGGUGACGAUGCUUUAAUGGAAUUUUCGGUUCAAAAAUUGAAGGCAGAAGAAAUUAUUGAUACUAAUGGUGCCGGUGAUGCAUUUGUUGGAGGAUUUCUAGCUCAAUUUGUGCAGAACAAAUCAAUUGCUGAAUGCAUUGAAUGCGGACAUUAUGCAGCAAGAGCAAUAAUACAACAGGAAGGAUGCACAAUCCCACCAACUUGCUUAUACCACUGA